AUGGAGACAGACGACCCAAACGCGAGAUUCGCAAUUCACGCCGCCUGCCUUCAAAAGGUCGAGGCUCUGCUUCACGCGGACGCAAAGCUUUCUCGCCGCCGCGACGAGGAUGAUCGAUUGCCAUUCCACUGGGCCGCAAGUCACAAUCGCCUUGAUAUCGUAGACCUGCUCUCCGAGCAGAAGGGUUUCGAUGUAGACGCCCAGGAUGGCGCGGGCUGGACGGCGCUCCACAUGGCAGCCAGCUUGAAGGAUGGCGACGACCUGGUCGACUUCCUACUGGCGAAAGGUGCCGAUCCCAACAUCAAGACCAACAACUCAUCAACCGCACUCUUCUUCGCUGCCUCUAAAGGCAAUGUCGAUACUGCUCGCAAGCUCGUCGCACACAAGGGUUCUGCACGAGUGAAAGACACGCGUGGUCAGAUGCCACUACACCGGGCGGCUGCGGUGGGCAACGUACCGAUCUUGAAGCUGCUACUGGACAACAAAAGCCCGAUCAAUGCAACGGACAUUGAUGGGAGCUCAGCUUUACACCAUGCCAUCGCCGAGGGCCAUGGCGAGGCUGCAAUUGAGCUUCUCAAGGCCGGUGCCGACUCGGACAAGACGGACAGCAACGGCGCCUUGCCGAUUUUUCUCGCACCCGAUGCAAAGGUCAGGGAUUACAUCUUGCGUAAGGCUGAAGAAGACGGAAUCACCUUGGCCACGGCAUAG